AUAGAUUUUAUAUUUAUGAUAAUUAACGAGAGAGAGAGAGAGAGAGAGAAAGGAAAUCGAAGAUACGUGUUCGAACGAAGGAGUGAGUUGGUGUUACCAAAAACAAACAAAAUUCCAAAAAUAGAAACACCUCUCUCUCUCUCUCGCGCACACAUAAAUACAACUCAGUUUUGAGAAUUUCAAAAAAUACAGCAAAACCCUAAAAAUCUCCCACCAAACCCUUUACGAAACCUCGAAGAAACUGUGUUCCAAGAGAGAGAGAGAGAGGAAGCAAGAAAGACUACGGAGUACACAGAGAGAGACAGAAGCAUAGAUCGAUCUUGGCUAUGUUUCAGGGGAAUCUGUGGGCGGCAGCCGGAGAGUCGGCGCCGACGCAGUCUUUGUGGACUCGGUCGGAGGACAAGCUCUUUGAGCGAGCCCUCGUGCUGUUUCCCGAGGAAUCGCCGGACCGGUGGGUGAGAAUCGCCGCUAAUCUCCCGGGGAAGUCGCCGGCGGAGGUGAAGGAACACUACGAGGCAUUGCUUCACGACGUGAACGAGAUCGAAGCUGGCAGAGUCGAGCUGCCGCGUUACUCGGACGAGUUGUCGCCCGUUUGGGACUCGCCGGCGGGGGCCACUCAGAUUUCGUUCGGGGCGAAGCCGAAGCACGCGGACGUCGAGAGGAAGAAAGGGACUCCCUGGACGGAAGAAGAACACAGGUUAUUCUUGAUCGGGCUUGACAGAUACGGGAAGGGGGACUGGAGGAGCAUUUCAAGGAACGUGGUGGUGACGAGAACCCCAACCCAAGUGGCCAGCCACGCCCAAAAAUACUAUCUCCGCCAGAACGCAGUGAAGAAGGAGCGGAAGAGGUCGAGCAUCCACGACAUCACCACCGUGGACGCCGAUACCAUGGCCAGGGCCGUCGACCGGAGCUGGACUCCUCUGUCAGCAUCCGCCGGCGGCGGCUCAUCUGCGUUCUUUGGCGCCCUGAGCCCCUUCCCCUGACCAAAUACAACCUCAUAGCCUCUCCUCUAAUGGCGAUGAUGAUGAAGAUGAUGAAAUUAUCAGCCAGUUAUCCGUACAUAUUAUAUACAGAAUCAAAAUCCGAUGGAAUCCAAUUUGUUAAUAUCAUUCAUUCAUGUGGUCAUAUUUUUCAGUAAAUAGUUUUGUUUGUUUGCUUUUUUUGGGGAUUGUGAAUAUUAAUUAGAUGGAGUAUGAUGUUUAUCCAGGAGGAGGGGAGGAUGCAUCUGGGCUGCUUUGGAUCUCUUUCUCUCUGUCUCUGUAGGUAGCUCUUCUUCUCCCGUAAUAAAUAAAUGUUGGAAUUUAUGGGGUCA